AUGGCCACCCAAUCUUCUUCAGAAGAGGGCCGACCCGUCCCAGAGACGGUCGUGCAGCAAUCCAUACUUCAGCAAGCACAAGCUGCUGCUGCCGCCCAGACUGACCCCGCGAAACGCACGAGACAGGAGGUCCUCCUGCAAAAGACUGACCUCUUCACUCCCAAUGAGGUCGAGGACGACAUACCCCCUCCUCCUUACGGCGAGAUCUACGGCGAGAUUCGCGACGAAAAGAACGGCCUGGGCACCAGUGCCCAUGUCACUGAUGACGGCCGUGUCAAUAUCCGCAUCAAUCAGUUCAGCCGCCGUUUGUCCCAGAUCUUUACUCCUGCUUUACGUCAACAAGUCCAGAGUGUCCAAGAUAGUCGCCCGCCUCCUCUCCCCUACAUUCCCCCUUCCUUGGGAAGCGAGGAGGGAGUUCCUCCACCCCCGUCCUUGAACAUCGUCAUCCAGGUCGUGGGCUCACGCGGAGACGUGCAACCCUUCGUUGCCUUGGGGAAAGUCUUGAAAGAUACCUACGGCCAUCGCGUACGUCUAGCGACUCAUCCUAACUUCAAGGGCUUUGUGCAGGAGAAUGGCCUGGAAUUCUUCAGCAUCGGCGGCGACCCCUCCCGGCUAAUGGCAUUCAUGGUUAAGAAUCCCAGCCUGGUUCCGGGUUUUCGCAGUCUACUCAGUGGAGAUGUCGGUCAGCAAAGGAGAGAUGUUGCCGAGUACAUUCAAGGCUGCUGGCGAUCAUGUUACGAAGCCGGUGACGGGAUGGAUCAUCGUGCUACCGACGAUGACGAGCCUGUAGCAAGACCCUUCGUCGCCGACUGUAUCAUCGCCAACCCCCCAAGCUUUGCUCAUAUCCAUUGUGCAGAGAAGCUGGGCAUUCCUCUCCAUAUCAUGUUUACUAUGCCAUAUUCCUCCACCCAGGCCUUUCCGCAUCCACUGGCCAAUAUCCAAUCCUCUAAUGCCGACCCUCAACUUACUAAUUACAUAACUUAUGCUAUGAUCGAAGUCCUCUCGUGGCAGGGCCUAGGUGAUAUCAUCAACCGGUUUCGCAAGAAGUGUCUCGGUUUGGAUCCCAUAAGUCUGAUCUGGGCCCCCGGGAUGCUCCAGCGUCUCAAAGUCCCUCACACCUACUGCUGGUCUCCAGCCCUGAUACCUAAACCAAAAGACUGGGGCCCUCACAUAUCCAUCUCCGGGUUCUACUUUCUCAACUUGGCCUCCAACUACACCCCUGCCCCUGACUUCAAGGCAUUCCUCGAUGCCGGUCCACCCCCCGUCUACAUAGGAUUCGGGAGCAUCGUUUUGGACGAUCCUGAUGCGAUGACGGAGCUCAUCUUCGAGACCGUGAGGAAGACUGGCCAGCGUGUCCUCCUUUCUAAAGGCUGGGGAGGCAUGGGCGCGGACAGGCUUCGCAUCCCCGACAGCGUCUUCAUGCUGGGAAACGUGCCGCAUGACUGGCUUUUCAAGCACGUCUCGUGCGUCGUUCACCAUGGUGGCGCAGGAACCACCGCGGCAGGCAUUACCGCAGGCCGGCCGACUGUAGUCGUUCCCUUCUUUGGAGACCAGCCUUUCUGGGGUGCCAUGGUCGCGCGAGCAGACGCCGGCCCCGAUCCGAUCCCUCACAAACAACUCACAGCGGACAAACUAGCCGAUGCCAUUAACUUCUGCCUGGAGCCCAAAAGCCUGGAACGCGCUAAAGAACUCGCAACCAAGAUCGCGGCCGAGCGAGGCAGCGACACAGGUGCUCAGUCAUUCCAUCAAUAUCUCGAGGUCGACCGACUCCGUUGCACCCUUGUACCAUCUCGACCCGCUGCGUGGCGCAUCAAGCGCACCCAGGUCAGGUUGAGCGCUUUUGCUGCGUGUACUUUAGCGAAUGCAAAUCUUUUGGAUUUCCAUGACUUGAAGCUCUUUAGACCACAAGAAUAUCACACCGACGAAGGUCCUUGGGAUCCAAUAUCCGGAGGUGCUGCGGCAUGUUAUAGGGCGUUCAGCGGCAUGGCGAUGGGGGUAGCCGAGAUUCCCUCGGAGACGUUGAAACCUUUCCACAUUUCCGCUGGGUCCAGCCGACAGCGGCCCCAAGAAUCAGUGCCGACAAUGGCAAGGACAAGUGAGAUCUUACAUGUAAGUGAAAGAUCAACUCCGUCAACUUCGCCAGAACAAAGUCAGACGAGCUUGGAUGUGCAGAACUCUAGCCCCGGCCCAAACCCUGACAUGUUGCGCCCAACGGGCGUGCAUAUAAGUAAAGGCGCGGGGCGUUUCGUAAGGACGUUUGUACAGAUACCUAUGGAAAUCUCGGUGGGUUUAACCAAAGGAUUUCACAACCUCCCUAAGCUUUGGAGAGACGAUACGGUGCGCCCUCUUGAACAAAUCAGCGAUUUCAAGUCAGGCGCCAUGGCAGCAGGAAAAGAGUUUAGCUUUGGGUGGUACGACGGCGUUACUGGCCUGGUCACCCAGCCGUGGAAAGGGGCCCAGAAAGAGGGUGCUAGCGGCUUUGUCAAAGGAGUCGGCAAAGGGAUCGGAGGUUUUGCAACCAAGCCGUUCGCAGCCCUCUCUGGGAUCCUCGGUCAUACGAUGAAGGGGGUACACAAAGAGGUGCAGAAGUUAUUCGGCGGCAGUGUACAGAACUACAUCAUCACGUCUAGAGUAGCUCAAGGAUACGAGGAGUGGCUGCAGAGCUCCGAUGCAGAAAAGCAAGACGUCAUUGGUCGCUGGAAACUGAUGCAGAAAUUCCUAAAGAAAAAACGCAACCCUGACGAGAGGGUUCAAGGUAAAAUCAACGAAACCAUUCGACUGUCAAUCCAGGAGACGUCACCUAGAAACGCAGAAGAGGAUACCAAUAUGGCCUGUGCUAUAGCGAUAGAGGAUACGGGCGAUGAAGACUUGCAGAAGGCAUUGAAGUUUAGCAUGCAAGGACACGAAUAUGAUGCCGAGUAUCGGUACGGGGAGGCUUCAGGGAUGUGA